GAGGAGGACUCGCGUUGAGUGCUGAGUCGAAUCCCCCCUUUUUCUGGUGUCGCUGUGAGAAACCGGCUCUGUAUUCUUUUAAGGAAAGAAAGCGAUUUACAUGUUAAAAAGAUAACUUCAGAGGUGGUGAAAGCAACGUCUAAGGAGGUGGUUUUUACAGCUAACUACGUAGCUAGUAUUUAGCACAUAGCUAGCUUAUAAAUAAAGACCCACGAUGGACCCGAGAGACACUGCCCCUGAUUCCUGGGAACAGGAGGACGAUGUCGAGGCCCCGGCCGACGAGCAACUUCAGUCCGCCUUUAGUGGCCUUAAUGUGAAUGCAAAGCCAUUUGUCCCCAAUAUUAAUGCCCCUGAAUUUGUACCGGCUGUCUUUCUGAAGGGGCCUCCAGAAAAUCCAGACACCGACGGUACUGAUACAGUUGCCAGUAUGGACGUAUCAGAAACAGUUGCACCGGUGGAGAACGGAGAGGCAGACAUGAACACAGAGGAGACGUGGGAACAGAAAGAGGAGCCUGGUGACGCGGAGCCUGGAGGUGGGCCCUCUGGAGAUGGGGGCACUCCCGAGGAACUCCAGCAGGAGAUGAUGGAGGAAGAGGAGGAGGUGCCAACUCCCAAAGUAGCCCCUGCCCCGCCAGAUGCCCCCAAGAAGGAGCAUGUGAACGUAGUAUUCAUUGGUCACGUAGAUGCUGGCAAGUCAACAAUCGGUGGGCAGAUCAUGUAUCUGACGGGGAUGGUGGACAAGCGCACCCUGGAGAAAUAUGAAAGAGAGGCAAAGGAGAAGAACAGAGAAACCUGGUACCUUUCCUGGGCCCUUGACACCAACCAGGAGGAGAGGGACAAGGGAAAGACAGUGGAGGUUGGGCGCGCGUACUUUGAAACAGAAAAAAAGCACUUUACUAUCCUGGACGCGCCAGGGCAUAAAAGCUUUGUCCCAAACAUGAUUGGCGGGGCAUCGCAAGCUGACUUGGCAGUUCUGGUCAUCUCUGCCAGGAAAGGGGAGUUUGAGACGGGCUUUGAAAAGGGUGGCCAGACACGGGAGCACGCCAUGCUGGCGAAGACAGCGGGAGUGAAGCACCUGAUAGUCCUCAUCAAUAAAAUGGACGAUCCCACAGUGAACUGGAGCUUGGAGAGGUACGAGGAAUGUAAGGAGAAACUAGUGCCAUUUUUGAAGAAGGUUGGCUUUAACCCGAAAAAGGACAUUCAUUUCAUGCCCUGUUCUGGACUUACGGGAGCCAACCUAAAGGAACCUGCAGAGCACUGCCCUUGGUACACGGGGCUGCCAUUCAUUCCACAUCUGGAUAGUCUGCCAAACUUCAACAGAUCAAGCGAUGGACCGGUCAGAUUACCCAUAGUCGACAAAUACAAGGAUAUGGGCACUGUGAUCCUUGGAAAGCUGGAGUCAGGGACUAUCAGCAAAGCACAGCAACUUGUCAUGAUGCCAAACAGGCACACUGUGGAGGUGCUGAGUUUGCUCUCGGAUGACGUGGAAACUGAUGAUGCGGGGCCCGGAGAGAACCUGAAACUGCGGCUGAAGGGCAUCGAGGAGGAGGAGAUCCUGCCCGGCUUCAUCCUCUGCAACGCCGAGAACCUCUGCCACUCUGGACGCACGUUUGAUGCCCAGAUUGUCAUCAUCGAACACAAAUCCAUCAUCUGCCCAGGUUACAACGCAGUUCUACACAUCCAUACUUGCAUUGAAGAAGUGCAAAUUACAGCCUUAAUCUGCCUGGUAGACAAAAAGACUGGUGAGAAGAGCAAGACACGACCUCGCUUCGUCAAACAAGACCAAGUAUGCAUUGCCCGCCUGCGGACAGCGGGAACCAUCUGCCUUGAGACCUUCAAAGACUUUCCCCAGAUGGGACGGUUUACCCUACGAGAUGAAGGCAAGACCAUUGCUAUUGGCAAGGUGCUGAAGCUGGUACCAGAGAAGGACUAAAAGAGGGCUGCAAGGAUGUCUUGAUGUAGUCGACUGGCUAUGGAGAAGGAUGCUGCUGAAGGCCACCUCCCAGCCCUCCUCUUCCCCCACUUCUAGCGGGAAGACAAUUUGAAAAAUCAGCUUCAGAAAAACAAACUUCUCAAAGUGAAAGAAAAAUCGGUUUUUAAGAAAAACAAUAUAUAGAACAAAACCAAGUACACGUGUGUCAGCUUUCUCAUAUUGAGAGCUCAGCUAUGCCAUUUGUUUUGCCCCUUUCCAUAUGCCUCCUCUGGUCUCACUCCACUGGGCUACACUUCAAAUGAAAAGGAAUGAGUUUCUUCCAAAAUGUUUUGCUUCCUUCAGAGAGAAAGUGACGCAGUUAUAAUAAACAUAUGUGGACCGGGGCUUGCUUGGAAAAAAUUCACUUUUAAAAACUUAAUUAAAUGAAACCAAAAUAAUGUUAAUACUCCGGUUGUACAUGUCUCCCUUUGCUAAAAUCCACAUUGGUUUCUCUACAGGAAACGUUUCAGCCACAAGCGCGUGUUCACGUGUUAUUAAAAGCAACCACAG